GCGAAGGAUUGGCUGCAGGUUUGAAAUGGCAGAACACUUGUGUAUGGGAAUCUCGAACACAAAAACUUAUCCAUUUUGCUGUCUCUGGAUAUUUAAGGAAUCAGCAAAUAUUUUCCUUGUGAUACCAACACAUUUGUUGUUGAUCCUUAGAGAUGAAGAACUGUCUCAUCACAGCUGGUAAUGUAUUUUGUGCCUGAAAUGAAGUUUUCUGUUGUAACUCAGUGAAAUUCAUUGGAACCAGGGUGCUGAGAACACAGCAGAAUUUGUUCACUGGAGAUCAGUUCUUCAACUGCAUUGAUUGUACAAGGGAUUCAAACAUCUGACUAUCUGAAUUGCCAGAGAAUUGAUCACAGUGAGAUAUCAUUCUCCUUCUCUCAGCGUGGGAAGAGAUUCACUCACAGCCGACCUGCAGACACACCAGUGAGUUCACAGCGGGGAGAGGCCAUUCACCCGCUCUGUGUAUGGGGGGAGAACUACUCAGUCAUCCAGUCUGAAGAUACAUCAGCAAGUUCACACCUGUGAGAGGACAUUUCUCAGACUGUGGGAAGGCACUCUCACACUCAACCAAGCUGCAGAGAUGCCAGCAAGUUCACACUGUGCCAUGGCCAUUCACCUCCUCUUCAUUUAGUCCUCUCAACUGAACAAACAUCAGCCAGUUCACACUGAGAAGAUGCCGUUCACCUGCUCAGACUGUGGGAAGGAGUUCACUCAGUCAUCUCAAUUGAAGGUACAUCAGCGAGUUCACACUGGGGAGAGGCCGUUCACCUGCUCAGACUGUGGGAAGGGAUUCACUCGGUCAUCUCAUCUACUGAGACACCAGUUGGUUCACACUGGGGAGAAACCAUUCAUCUGUUCAGACUGUGGGAAGGCAUUCAUUCGGUCAUCUCAACUACAGGAACAUCAGAAAAUUCACACUGGGGAGAAACUGUUCAGCUGCUCUGAAUGUGGGAAGGGAUUCACUCGGUCAUCUGACUUGAAGGUACAUCAGCGAGUUCACACUGGGGAGAGUCCGUUCACCUGCUCUGAAUGUGGGAAAGGUUUCACACACUCAUCCAAACUACAGAGGCACUGGCUGGUUCACACUGGGGAGAGGCCAUUCACCUGCUCUGAAUGUGGGAAGGGAUUCACUCAGUCAUCCAAACUACAGACACACUGGCUGGUUCACACUGGGGAGAAACCAUUCACCUGCUCAGUAUGUGAGAAAGGAUUCACUCGGUCAUCUCAACUGAAGGAACAUCAGCGAAUUCACACCGGGGAGAAACCGUUCACUUGUUCGGACUGUGGUAAGGAAUUCAGUCGUUCAACUCAGCUGAACCUACAUCAGCGAGUUCACACUGGGGAGAAACCGUUCAGCUGCUCCGAAUGUGGGAAGCGAUUCACUCGGUCAUCUGACUUGAAAAUACAUCAGCGAGUUCACACUGGGGAGAGGCCAUUCACCUGCUCGGACUGUGGGAAGCAAUUUAUUCGGUCAUCUGAACUGAACACACAUCAGUGCUUUCACACUGGCGAGAAACCGUUCAUCUGCUCAGACUGUGGGAAAAGAUUCAGUCUGUCAUUUCGUCUACUGAGACACCAGUUACUUCACACUGGGGAGAAACCGUUCAUCUGCUCAGACUGUGGGAAGGAAUUCACUCGAUCAUCUGGCUUGAAAGUGCACCGGCGAGUUCACACUGGAGAGAGGCCAUUCAUCUGCUCAGACUGUGGGAAGGAGUUUGCUGGGUCAUCAGACUUGAAAAUACAUCUGCGAGUUCACAUUGGGGAGAGGCCGUUCACCUGCUCUGUAUGUGGAAAGGAAUUCACUCACUCAUCCACCCUACAGAGACACCAGCUGGUUCACACUGGGGAGAGACCGUUCACCUGCUCUGAAUGUGGGAAGGGAUUCACUCAGUCAUCCAACCUUUUGUCACACCAGCGAAUCCACACUGGGGAGAGGCCGUUCACCUGCUCAGAUUGUGGGAAGGCAUUCGCGCACUCAUCCACCCUACAGAGACACCGGCUGGUUCACACUGGGGAGAGGCCGUUCACCUGUUCUGAAUGUGGGAAGGGAUUCACUCGGUCAUCCAAGCUACAGAGACACCAAUUCGUUCACACUGGGGAGAAACCAUUCACCUUCUUAGAUUGUGGAAAGGGAUUCACUUUGUCAUCUGACCUGAAACUACAUCAGCGAGUUCAUACUGGGGACAGACCAUCAGAACGUUGCUUUUUCAGUGAAUACCACCAAGAGUUUCACUUGUGGAAACCAAUUGUCCUUUGUCUAUUCUGCUUGUUACUUCUUCAAACAAUGCCAACAGAUUUGUCAGGCAAGAUCAUCCCUUGA